AACUCAUCAACAGUGACAGCGCGGAUCCCUGGAUUACAAUGCAAAAUCUCCAAUCUAAUCUUUUCCCGUCAAGCCCGUCCAAUCUUCGUGUCAGAGCUUCUCACGCCUGUUCCUAUGCCGAGCCUUCCUCCCUGCUGGCAGUCCCCGCCACAGAAACAUGGACGUGUUUUUCAGGCCCCUUUCCCGGUAGAAUACGGCCUACUUUGACGACUGGAGCGGUGUGGGUUUGCCACAGUUGACAUACAAAAUACUCCAAGUGCGUGACGUGUUUCUUUGGCGCUUUCUUAUUAUCUCAAGAGCCGACGAUUUAUGACUCAACUUGCAGACGAAGAGCUUUGAUUUACACAUAGCAUCAAUGUCGAACAGGUAUUUUUUCGCCCUUGCGGCGCUAUCGGUCUUGAGUAGUGCUGCUCGGACUAGCUCCCACAGUUUCAACUACAGCGCCCUUCGCUUGAGGGAGGUUGGUGCCCGCAACACAGAGGACUGGAGGAUAUGGCUCGAAAAAGACGGGGACCCCAUUUCCUUCUGGCACGAUGUGCCAGUCUGGCCGGAUGAAAGUAACAAGCAGGUGGUGAAUCUUGUGGUUGAAGUACCUAGAUGGCAAGAUGGCAAAAUUGAGCUUAAGAGGAGCGAGCCAUUAAAUCCUAUCGUUCACGACUCUCUCAAUGGUGCUCCUAGAUACGUGGAGAAUGUGUGGCCACACAAAUCGUAUCCUUUCAUCUACGGGUCUAUCCCACAAACAUGGGAAAGUCCAAAUUACAACCAUUCUUUUACUCAUCUUCUAGGCGACAACGACCCUGUGGACCUCUUCGACAUUGGCCAAGACCGCGGAUACGUUGGCCAGGUGAAACAAGUCAAGAUUCUUGGUGGUCUUGCCUUGGCUGAUGGCAACGAAACGGAUUGGAAAAUACUCGGCAUCGAUAUCAAAGACCCCAUGGCGUCCGUUAUCAAUUCGUUCGAAGAUGUUGAAAAGUAUCGCCCUGGGACCAUCAAGACAUUCCGAAACUGGUGGACUCACUAUAAAGUGGCUCGUGGGGAUCCGGUCAUCAACAUCAUCGGGGACUGGUACCAGAAUGUCACCUACAUGCAAAGCGUCGUCGAGGAAAGCCACAAGACUUGGGCGGAUUUGAUCAGAGGAGAGGUUGACUCCAACGAAAUCAAUUAUAACCAGACAUCUCGGCCAGACGUCGAGAACAGCUUCGUAAACAAAGCAACAACAACCGCAAAAUUCAACAUUCCAGCAGAGAGCAGAAUCGAUCCCGCUGCUCCACGGCCAGAAAAGGCUGAUGGCUGGUAUUACUUGGACAGCGACGCCAACUUGAUAGUCGUCCCCCAAACACAACAAACAUUUCUCAAUAGGCAACAGGCCUAGCUUUUCCUUUGAACGAAAUUUCGUUUUCUUUGAACUGAACGAGGCACGUGAAGUGUCUGCCUUUACUCCAGCGUCGCCGUCAUGUAAAGCCCUUUUCAUGCUUUUCAUGCUCAGUUAGGUAGAAAUAACGAGUAAUGAAAUGAAAGACCGUGAACAUAUAUCCAAUUUCCCAUUUCGGAACGGUUUUGCUCGUUCCUUGCAAGUUUCCUCUCAUUCUUCCGACACUUUC